UCGACUUCAGGACUGUCGCAAAUUCAGUGGUGAAAGUAAGAAGAAAAGAGAAAAGAGAUCUGCGACACCCGAUUUGCGGAAUCCAAUUCAUUCGCUGAAAGAGGAAUGAUAUCGGGCAGCAAAGGCGCAGGAACGGAGGCGCAGCAGUAUGUGUGGGGCGGCGCGAUACCGCUUCAGAUUCAUCUCCACGAAUCCGAAGUCACUACACUUCCUCCCCCUCCCCCUGCUUUGAUAUUGGCCCCUCGUGUGGGCUAUUUGCCGCUGUUAGUGCCACAGAUCAAGCCAUUCUUUAGCAGUUCUCUACCUCCUGGUGUUGACACUGUGUGGUUUGAGUAUAAAGGCUUGCCGCUGAAAUGGUAUAUUCCUACUGGGACGCUUUUUGAUCUUCUCUGCUCAGAACCAGAGAGACCUUGGAACUUGACUAUACAUUUUAGAGGGUAUCCAGCAAAUCUGUUGAUCCCUUGCGAAGGAGAAGACAGUGUAAAGUGGAGCUUUAUUAAUGCCUUGAAAGAGGCAGCGUAUAUAAUCAAUGGAAACUGCAAGAAUAUUAUGAAUAUGUCUCAGUCUGAUCAAACAGAACUUUGGCGGUCUGUCUUGAAUGGCCAGCUUGAAGCAUACCUUCGGGUUUAUUCUAAACUUAAACUCGAUAUUGUUGGAGAUGACUUUUCCCUCAAAUUGAACACUUCUCGCCAAACCAAUUCUGAAAAUGAAGCUACUGGAACAACCAAAUCAGGUAAAAUUCCUGUUCGAUUGUAUGUACGGACUAUCAACGAAGAUGUUGAUGAAUUAGAAGAUGCCCCUAUUGUUGAUAGCUGGGAAAAUAUUCAUUACAUAAAUUGUCCUGUUGAGAUUCACGGUGAAGGGAAGGCCUUCAGUUUGAAUGAUGCCAUAAAAGCUCUAUUGCCCAUGCUGUUUACAGAGGAAGCCUCGGUAGAUGUAGACUCACAGGCACCGGAAUCUGAAAGUGGAGAAGUAUCAGAUGGAGGCAGCUCAAGAGGCUCCCAGAAAAAUGAGGAAUCAUUAAGUGCACACACAGGUUUAUUUAAAGAUGGUGCAGAAAUCAAGCUAGUCCGCAUUCAGGGGAUCGAGCCGAGGCUGGAUAUCCCGUUUGGGUGGGUGGUGAAAAACUUGAUGAACCCAGAGCAAUACCUUCAUAUCUGUAUCUAUGUCAAAGCUGUCCAACCAUAGUCCCCAUUCACAAUUUGUUAAACUGAAUUCAUAUCACUGCAUCACAUCCUAGUCAAUUCUUUAAACCUGCGAUGAAGCUUAUUUCCAAAUAUGUAAAUGUGAAUGACUUUCUAGGUUGAUCUC